AUGUGUCGCGCCGCGGCGCUCCUCCUGACGUGCGGUGCCGCGGCGGCCCUGCGCCUGCCGCGGCCGCGCGUCGCGCCGCUCGUGGCGCUGCCGAGCCCGCGGGCCAUCGACGUGUCGACGCGCGUCGCCGGCCUCGUCACGGCGGGCUUCGAGUUCUUCGAGGACGUCGAGUCCAUCGGCCACCACCACAGCCUCGGCCUGCUCUGCGCGUCGCGGCUCGCGCGCGACGCCGCGGGCGCUACCGAGGUCGUCGAGGGCCUCGACGUCGGCCGCGGCCGGCGGCGGCGGGUCUUGGAGGCCAUCACGUCCAAGGCCUGCACGCGGAUCGUCAUGGCCGUGGCGCUCCUCGCCGCGGGCAAGGAGGUCCUCGAGGACCUCGCGCCGGGGGGCCACCACGGCAUGGUCCUGCUCAGGGCAGGAAAAGAGUGCGAAAUUCCCAACUUCAAAGGCUCCUAUCUCGGCCGGUUUCCACUAGUCCUGCUCGCGGUCAACGAGUUCGCGGAGACGCUCGAGGGCGCGCUCAAGGGUCGGCUCGGCCGGCUCUUCGACAACGUCAUCGUGAAGCUCGCCGUGCCCCUGGCGGCCGUGGCCUGCGCCGCCGUCGAGGUCGUCGCCGACGUCGGGAAGAUCGGCGCGCACCACGGCGUCUUCAUCCUCGCGCUGUCCAAGUUCGUCAAGGUCGCCGGCUCCCUCGCCGGGCGGCUCCACGCGGGACCCGAGGCGCGCGCGCCGGGCCCGCCGGCGAAGUGGGCCUGGAGCGGGCCCGUCUUCGACUAA